ACUAAACUUGUGCGAUCCAACUCUGUAUUCAUUUUUCAUUCAUUGUCUGGUCCUUGCAAAUGCGUAUGCGCGGCGCUUUCUCUCUUACAUCAUUUCAAAACAAACCAUCCAAAACAUCCUGUUCAUGUCUCACUUUUGUCCUGCCUGCUCCACGCUGAAAAAACAGUCAGGAUGACAUCCUGCCGGCCAGAGUACAAGAAAGAGAUGUCGACGCUGCAAGGGUCGCUUGUGGCUCUCGUGACUCCAAUGAAGGCGGAACCUCCACACGAACUGGAUGUUGAGGCCCUGAAGAGAUUGGUCGAAUGGCAUAUCGGUGAGGGGACAGAUGCCAUUGUGGCGACGGGUACGACUGGCGAAUCCCCGACCUUGACAUGUAGAGAAUGGGAGACAGUUGUCAGCAUCUGCGUUGGUGUUGCAGCCGGACGUGUGGCUGUGAUAGCAGGCACAGGCACAAACUGCACAGCAACUUCUGUUGAAAAGACAAAAAGAGCUCAGGAAUUAGGUGCAGAUGCAGCCCUUGUUGUAACACCUUAUUACAACAAGCCUACACAAGCAGCUCUAGUUGAGCACUACCGUACAAUUGCGGCUGCCGUACCUGACUUCCCAAUCAUCACCUACAAUGUGCCAGGCCGGACAGCGUGUGAUCUACUGCCGGAGACGAUCGCGAAAAUUGCAACGGAAGCGCAAAACGUCAUUGGAAACAAAGAAGCAUCAGGGAACUUCGAGAGAUUCAAAGCCCAGAGGAAACUCCUCGGCCCUGCCUUCAGGAUUUUCAGUGGAGAAGACUGCCAGAGCUGCGAAGCCAUGCUCGCGGGAGCGUGUGACGGAGUAAUCAGCGUCACAAGCAAUAUAGUGCCGCGACAGAUGCAUUACAUGUGCCAGUUGGCUCUCAGAGGAGAUCGAGAAAAGGCCAAACAAAUUGAUGGCCAACUCAUGGGUCUCCACAAGAACCUCUUCUGCGAGCCGAACCCAACGGCGUCAAAGUGGCUUCUAGCGGAACUCGGAAGGAUUCCGCCGGGUAUUCGCCUUCCCUUACUUCCUCUUUCAGCAUGUUAUCACGACACAGUCAGAAAUGCCCUCAAGGAGGCACAAAAUGCUCAGGUGCCCGUUGAGCGUGUAUGCGUUCUUAGAAAGGAGCAACCGGACUUGGGUGCGUUGCGUCAUGUACCUGUGUCAGAUGAGAACAACGCAUGA